UGGGACGAGCAGUGUGCAGCCAUCCUGGCCGAGACGAAGCGACUCCGCCGCGACCACAGCGAGCGACAGACAGAGGAGAGCUGGGAGGCAUACAGAACAGCACGCAACAGGAAAGGCCGCAUCAUAAAGAAAGCUCUCCAACAAGCACAUCGCGAAGCAGUCGAAAUAGCGGCUGAGUCACCUAGAUCGCUGUGGAAGAUCGCCAAAUGGGCCCGGAACAGACAGAGCCAGCCGCCGACCGUUACGCCGGAAAUCAAGAAACCCAACAAGUCUCAGGUCGCCACAACGCCUGAGGAGAAAGCAGCACUCUUCAAAGAGACCUUCUUCCCCCCGCCGCCAGAGGCAAAUCUCGAAGACAUCGACAACGCAUCGUACAGCAACCAGAUCGGCCUGCCGCCAGUAUCAGAAAGCGAAGUAGAAGACGCCAUCCAGGAAGCAGCACCGCUGAAGGCCCCGGGCCCCGACGGCGUCACGAACCUGGCACUUCAAGUGGCGAGACCUUGGAUCACGCCACAUCUCGUCCGCAUACUCAACCAGAGCCUCCGACUAGGAUAUUGUCCACAACACUUCAGAAAGUCCACCACGGUGGUACUCAGGAAGCCAGGCAAAGACAACUACACAGUGCCCAAAGCAUACAGGCCUAUAGCCCUCCUCAACAUGGUGGGCAAGAUCAUGGAUGCCGUCAUAGCGAGGAGACUAAGCUACCUUGCCGAAACACACGGAUUGCUGCCAGAUAGCCACAUGGGCGGGAGAAGACGUCGGUCGACGGAACACGCACUGGACCAAAUCGUGGAUAGGAUAUACGAAGCCUGGGGUUCAGGACAGGGAAUGGUAGCAAGCCUACUUCUCCUGGACGUGUCAGGCGCCUUCGAUAACGUUUCGCACCGCCGAAUCCUGCACAACCUGCGGAAGAGGCGGAUCGACGAAGCGACGGUGCGUUGGGUUGCCAGUUUCCUUGGAUGCCGAGAGACGGACAUCCACGUGGACGGAUUCCGAUCCGAGACCUACAGACUCGACACCGGCAUCCCACAAGGGUCGCCCCUUUCGCCGAUACUCUACCUCUUCUACAAUGCGGAUCUCUUGGACAGCUGCAAUGAGACCGGAGACAUGAUCGCCACCGGCUUCAUCGACGACGUAGCGAUCCUUGCCGUGGGAGACAGCACGGAGGAAACCUGCCAGAAGCUCCAAGAAGCGCUUCGGAAAGCCGAGACGUGGGCUCUCACUCACGCGUCCGUCUUCGCGCCCGAA